UUGACGCAGAAGACGUGGACACGCCUCUCGUUCCCGCUCACACACGCACACUAACACACUUUUAACACGCACACUAACACACUUAAUAACACGCACACUUACACACUUUUAACACGCACACUAACUCACUUAAUAACACGCACACAACCAAAACAAGGACUUUUGACGAAGACGCGCAUCACUUUUGAAGUCGCCCCCCCAACCAUGAACUCGUCGGCCAGUCGUCCCAGCAGGUGGGCGAGGAACCCUUUCGUCCACAAUUUGGAAUUAAGCUUGACGGACAAAAUGACGAUGGGUCUGAUGUCUGUGACGGUGUUCCCAGUGCGCCUCCUCCUGGUGUCCUUCCUCAUGCUGCUGGGCUGGCCCUUCGCCUUCGUGGCCUCGCUGGGACGCUCCGAGUUUGUGGUGGAGCCGCAGUCGUGGUGGCGACGUCUGGUAGACGUGGCCCUGCGCGUCAUCAUGCGAGCCAUGUGGUUCUGCGCAGGGUUCCAUUGGGUCAAAGUGAAAGGGGAACGGGCGGCGCCCUCCCAGGCCGCCAUCCUCACGGUGGCGCCGCACUCCACCUUCUUUGACGCCAUCCCGGUCACCUCCACCAUGUGCUCCAUCGUCGCCAAACUGGAGACCCAAAGCAUUCCCGUCUGGGGAACGUUGAUCCAGUACAUCAGACCAGUUCUUGUGUUACGCUCCAACCUGGACUCCAGGAGGCAAACCGUUGAGGAGAUCAAGAGGAGAGCGCGAUCGGGAGGGGAGUGGCCUCAGAUCAUGAUAUUUCCAGAGGGCACGUGCACCAACAGGUCCAGCCUCAUCUUGUUCAAGGCUGGCGCUUUUUUACCAGGACUACCAGUGCAACCAGUCGUGCUGCGAUACCCAAACAAACUGGAUACAAUUUCAUGGACGUGGCGAGGGCCCGGCGCAUGGAAGAUCCUGUGGCUGACUCUGUGCCAGCCUCACACUUGCAUGGAGGUGGAGUACCUGCCUGUUUAUACUCCGUCUGACCAGGAGAAGGAAAACCCCAGCCUGUUUGCCAAUAAUGUCCGGAAAAUCAUGGCAAAAGCGUUGGAGGUUCCUCUCACGGAUUUGUCCUUUGAGGACCGCGAGCUCAGCUUCGCAGAGGGGCCCCUGAAAGUCUACGACCCCAGCAGCCUGUUGGAGUUCAACCACCUGCUGCCCCGCUUGAGGCUCAAGACGACGGAGAGCUCGUUGCAGGAGCAGGUGAGCAAAGUCAGGAAGCUGCGGAAACAUCUUCUGACUUUGGAGGACUUUGCCCUCUUCCUCCAUGUUGGUGUGACGGACACACUCCGACACAUCCACGGCCUCUUUAACCAGGAAGAGGGCCAGAUAGACAUCAGGCACUACCUGCUUGCCUUGUCCACCAUUUACAGGCCAUCCAAGUCAAUGGACACCCUCAAGAUGGCCUUUGAGAUGUAUGACAGCCAAGACACCGGUCAGGUCCAUGAGCGGGACCUCGCCGCCAUGUUGGAAAUCAUGUUGGGGGUGAAGCAAGUGGAGCUGUCCCUGGUGCUGAUGGAGCUGGGAGGACCACACAAUGGCAAGGUCACGUAUGAUGAACUUUGGUGUUUCAUGGCGGAGCAUCCUCACUUUGUCCAGGACUACCUGGACUUCAAAGACCACCCCCGCCAUUUGAGUGUGGGCCCACAUGACAGCUGCAAUGGUCACAUGACACCAGAUGACACCAGAUGACACCUGCAAUGGACACAUGACACCAGAUGACACCAGAUGACACCUGCAAUGGACACAUGACACCAGAUGACAGCUGCAAUGGUCACAUGCACCACAAAGCCAAAGACAAGUAACUGAGUGGAGAAGUUGAGAGUAACUAUGUUGUCAUUUGUAUUGAACUAUGUUGUGUGGUGUGCCUCACAGUAGCAAGGAAGGAGUGCACACUUGUGAAUGUAAUAAGUGUCGCUAUUAACAUCUGCUUCAUAUUUUGUAAAACCUUUGUACAUUCUUCAGUAGUACCUUGCUAUUCAUUACUCUAUUUUUCACACUUUCAUUUUGUCAACAAUAACCUAAUGUUAUUUCUGGUUGGGCUUCACGACCUCCAAACAAUUGUAUUUGGUACAUGGUAAGCGUGACACAUAAGAGGUAUGUGUGGACUGCAGGUUGACUGACGCUUGUUCAAUAAAUGAAGCUAGCAAGUACCCGUAAGCAAGCAACACCAAAACCUUGAGGUUUCAUUUGGAUUAUGAACAUUACACACAUUUGGUUUUACUACUACUUUGGUCAGCUACCAAGCCACACCACUUAAAGGAUUGUUGGAGCAUUAUGGCUACCAUAGUCAGACGUACUGUGCUUCAACAUACAGGUAUUAAGUUUCCUAUAUAAGGACCCCAAAAUGGCCCCUGUUAGGAGACAUGUUAUCUGGCGGUUUGUUACGGAAUAUAAUGCAAAACCAACUUUUCUUACUUAUUGUUUCCUACUGAUGUGUAUCUGGGAUCUCUAUAAGUCCCCAAAAUUAGCGCGCUUUCGCCAUUGUAGCCAUUUUUUUUCACUGUCCUCUUUUUGUUGUGCAUUCAUCCUCCCAUUUCUAAUAUAAAGUAGCGUACAGUUCUAACUUAUAUCUAUGGAAGUGGUAAAAACUACAGAUACUACAAAGAUGACAGGGAGAAGACGCUGUCAAAGUGGAGGCACAUAAAUAAGACCGCCUACAAAACGGCGCAUCCUGAAGAGACUGUCAGAAAGCGACUUGAAGAUGAGUAAAACAUCAUCUAUGCAACAUUCUGAGCAAAGAACCAGCAUCACAUGUUAUGUAGACCACAAGGAAGUCUUUUACAGUUAGGAAAUAAUCAUAAUAAUAUGACUCCUUUAAUGCGCCUUAUAUUUCGCUGUGCCCUAUGGUCCGAAAAAUACAGUACGAGUCUGCUCCAAAAGCUCAGAAUAAAAUCAACAAAAAUGACAACAAUUUCUCCAUGAGAAAUAAUCUUAUGUUAUGAAAGUAUAAUAUGUAUUAUAGCUACAUUUGAGCAUAAAACAUGUUUUACAUGCCUUUUGUUUUGGAAGGUCUGCAGUGUUACAAACUACAUCUGUACUGUACAUCAUGAGCUUUACUAUAAAUACAU